AUGUUGACCGAGAAAAUGAAUGAAGCGAGCCAAGAUGAAGACAAUGUUGCAUUGUCGAACACCAAAGAAACGGAGAAGAAGCAGAGGAAGCGGAAGAAGGAUUGCGAGGAAAAGAAUAAGAAGAAGCGAAAGAAGGAUUGCGAGGAAAAGCAUGAGACGAAGGAAAUGGAGUUAGCGUGGAAACCUGAGGAUUGUGCUAAGCCAUUAGGCGAAGUGAGUAAGGUUACUGGGAAGGGAAAAAAGAAAAAAAGUCAUUUCAAAACAUUCACGUUUCGAGGCAACCAAUAUGCGCUGGAGGAUUCAGUGCAAUUGGUUCCAGACGACCCAAACAGCAAGCCCUAUUGUGCCAUUAUAAAGGAUAUUUAUAUACCAAACAAAGAAAAAUACGUGAAACUUGCAGUCCAUUGGUUUUAUCGUCCAGAGGAUGUGGAUAAAAAACAUGUUGGAAAAUGGGAAUCCAAAGAUUCAAGAAACCUGUUCUACAGUUUCCAUCGUGAUGAGGUGUUUGCUGAAUCUGUGAAGCACAAGUGUGUUGUGAAUUUCGUGCCGGAAAAUAAGCAAAUCCCAAACCGUAGAGAGCAUCCUUGCUUCAUCGUGCAAAAUGUUUAUGAUUUUGUUAAGAAGAAGGUGAGGAAGUUCACUGAUAAGAACUUUGACGUGCACCAAAAGAAUGAGAUUGAUCGUCUUGUGGCAAAGACGAGUUUACGCCUUGGUGAUCUUCCUGACAUUGAGAAAGACCAAGUGACUAAGACUUCAAAGGGUAAAAGAACUGUUCAGAGAAAGAGUCCUAAAACCAGUACGGUUUAUAAGUCGAUCUUGGAGGAUUUUGAUUUGUUAACCGGUGAUUCGGAUCGUGACAAGCGAUUGGGGGAGCUCCUGGAAGCAGUUAAGCACGAGUGUCGUACAAGUAAGAAGAAAGGGGCUCGUGAUGAUGAUUCUUACUGGCCAGAUGAUGUUGUUCCGGUGGUUCGAGCUCUUGAGCAUGUCUUUUAUGAUUCUAUGGCAGAAGAUAUGUCAAAGUAUCAUCACAAGUUGGAGAUUCUGGUUGAUGAACUCAAGGUUAGUUUAAUUCCUUUCACUCAUCCAUCCUAUAUUUUUAUUUUUGUUUUGCAUGUUCUUGAUUUCUAUUUAUUUUUUUGUUAA